AUGCUGCUGCAAAUCCUCAUCGGGACUUUUGUCCUUCUCACAAAUUCGGUCUCAGAAUCUGCAGCCCCCACACUCAUCUGCUGUAUGAGCCGAUCUCUGAUCCCAGCUGCACCAGUUCCACUCUCUCGUUCCCGCCUUCCAGCUCAGGUCCGAUUCUCCUACUCCGGGGAGUACGGCUCAGGUGUGGGGACCUCGUUCUCUUACUCCGGAGACCACCUCUGGGGCCCCAUCACGGCCUUCCGGGUCUGGGAAUAUCCCAGCAAAUUCAUCAAAGCCCUCCAGUUCCAAUUUGCUGGCACAUGGAGCAAAACGUAUCGCCCUGAGCAAGGCAAACAUCACGAGGUGACCCUGUUCCGGGGAGAGGAAAUCACGCAGAUCUCCGGGAAACACUCCACCUAUGUCUACCAGCUCAUCUUCUCCACCAGCCACGGGCGCACCUUCUUCUUCAGGCAGUCAGCUGGGGAGAGCUUCAACGCUGUCCCGGAGCAGGGCAACGUCCUGGCCUUCAUCACCGGCCACCACAAUGGGGUGGGCAUCACGGGCAUCGGGAUGCACUGGGACGUCUCCAGCUGGCAGGCGUUAAAACCCCACGCCUAGAUCCCAGAGGUGGGGAAUUCCUCAGGCUAAUGGAGCCCAUCGAUUCCAGCAAAAUCCUGUGGCAGGGUGUUCCCCUUGUUAACGUACCUCAGCAUAUGGCCUCUCCACGUGGCACUGUGGGGCUGUUUGCUUGCUGUGAUUAG